UUUCCCUUAAAAACAUUUCUAAUGACUGACUCUUGUCAAUAAUAAUGCUUCCUCUGACGCUUAUAAAUCUUGUUUUGAGGGCUAAUAGCCUGGGUCACACCCUGAGUGUGUCUACUCCAUUCAACACGCUGCGUUCAAUAGGGACAACUGUGUGAGUCACAAGUGUUGCCGACGUAUAUUGUGCUCUGUACAUUCCUAUUGGUCAGGUGCGUAGCAAACUUGGAGUUUGAACCCAAAGGUCCUACUUUUUACGCUCCGUGAACCCGGACCUAAUCCGCUCCAACUGCAGUGAAGCACGGAGUGGAAAAGAUACAGGUUUACCGGUACCGCCGGCCAGACUGUUAAGUAUAGUGUAUUGGCAAGUCGUGAAAAUGCUGUGUGUGUAUUUCAUCGUUGUAGCAACGAUAGGCAUCUCUGCAGAAACCGAAGAUGACAGAACGCCACCCCUCAACGUCAACACAUCAGCGUUUACACAGCAGAUUCGGACCGUUUCUGAACAGAACAUUUCAAGCACUUCAGAAGCUGCUAUAGAAAUGUCAACGUCAGCAACGCCAACAGCUGCCACGAACACGGCACCGACUGACGAUUACCGCAAAACUAAAAAACCUUUAAGUAAAGGCAUUGACUGGAAGGAUGAUCUCGGUUCAGAUUUGUUUAAUACAAACUCGAAAUCAAAACGGAAAAUGAUUAAGAAGCUAACAAGAGAAAGGGAACGUGAGGAUCGAAGGCAAAAACGGAAACAAAAGGCGGAAGAUAAACGCCUGUAUAUGGCCAGAAAAAGGCUUAAACAUGUUUCUAAAGAAGCGGAGAGCAAGUAUGCCAUAAGAGACAGAACAAUGGAUUCUAACAGGCCAAUCAAGAAAACAUGUGUUGAGUGUGAAAAGAGGUUGAAGAGAGAAAAACUUGAACAGAUGAGACGAGAGUCUUUAAAGAAGCAGAUUACAGAGAAACUUCGACUUGACCUCAGUCGACCUGUACAAGUACCAGUUCUGAGUCGGGAGAUUCUUCGCCAUGGAAUCAUGGAUGACGAAUCUGUUAAGGACGAUGACAUAUACGCCACGACAACCGACAUCAUCAUCUUCGGGGUUGACAUUACAAGAAAAUGCAGAUACCGGAAGUCAACUGGAUGUUUCAAGUUCAAUCUCCGAAAUAAGAUAGCGGGUCAGGUGACUUCUGCAGAACUUUUGAUCUACAAACUCCAUGAUCCGAAUGAUGGCCAGCAAUCAUUCAUUUUGUCAGAACUGGAACGACCAAAAUUCCGAAAACACAUGCCGAGGAACAUCGUGACUCGAAUGGACACGGACAUUACCGAGGGAUGGUUGACAUUUCGACUGGACAAAACUGUUCAGAAAUGGGCUGAAAAUUUCCACACAAAUGAUGGUAUCGCAAUAAGGUGCAAAACGUGCGCGCGCAACUCCCACAAGCAGUUGUACAGCGCCAAAGAAGGCUAUAAGCCGGUCCUCAUCGUUCACAUUAAGCCAUCGCCGAAACGUCGCCCGCGGAGGAGUGUUGAUUGUGACGGCACCCGGUGCUGCAAGCACAACUUUUGGGUUAAAUUUAGUGACAUUGAUCUGAUCCACAUCCUUCAGCCAGAGGGCGUAUGGGCUAAUUACUGCACGGGCCCGUGUGAUUUGAUGACCACGGGUCACUUCAACCACACAGGCUUGCUACAAAGUGUUCGGUGGAGUGACGCUGCCAACGACACCAUACGGAACGCCAUUACACCCUGCUGUGGCGCCGUCCGACUCAGCACAAUGUCACUGCUCUAUGUCGACGACAACCAGGACAUUCAACAGUCAAACGUUCCCAAUCUUGGCGUGGAAGAAUGUGGGUGCUUGUAACGCGGAACAUUGACCUUGACCUUGACCUUGACCUACUAUACUGCCGUUGCAAUGCCUACUUUUUGUUUUGUAUGCCUGAGUAAGACGUACAUGUUGUUCAUUCCUAGAUACCAUUGCUUAGUAAAGUGCUUUAAAUGUUCCAAUUGCUUUAAAGCGUCUCCUUUUUGAUAUUGCGCUUAUCAUAACCAACCCUAAUAACGCAUAUGGGUGUAAACAACGCAUUUACGUUAUGCUUCAUCAACCAAAAAUCCCUCAUGUUGUUGAAUUUAUUAACUUUGUCCACAUGCAAGACAGUAAGGGACAUCGGUUUUAUCUUUCAAAAAUAAAUUCAACAAUACAGUCCAACCAAGAUGUGGACAAAUACAUUUCGCAUGAACAUGAUGAAGACCAAUAACAUGGAAGCUUGUGAGCUGCCGGAGUUAGAGGUAACGGGCGUGGAAGGAGUUAUUUCUGGUAUGGGGACGGGUGGCCAAUUGGUUAAAGCGCUCAAUCAUCGCGCAGAAGAUCCCGGUUCGUUUCCCAGCAUGGGUAUAAUGUGUGUAGCCCAUUGCUGGUGUCCCCUUACCCGGAUGGCGUCAAACCUUAAUCAGUCACUCGUGGUACGGUGGGGUAUAGGAGGGUAUGUCGUCAGUAUACGGUGGAUUUUGAUUGGUGUUUCCAGUUUGAUUCAAUAAUUUUGUCUAGGUACGAUUUGAAUUUAUACCCUCCUCUGAAUCUCCAUGUCAAGUCAUAUCAGUUUUGGUAUAACAAUAAAAAUUAGUUUGGCACAUAUGUGAACGGGACACAUUAACUUGAUAGUUGCCGUUAUUUAUAUAUUGUUAUAAAUAAAACUGCUGAGUAAACAGAAUCUACGUUCUACGAACUGUUGUUUGUUUAUAAGGUGGCAUCCUACUCACACAUACCUGAAAGCAUAUGACCUCGAAAACAUAUGCAGUGUUUCGAUAGUACUUUUUAUGUUUUUUGUUUUUCUUAUAUAUCACUCGUUAACAAUCACUCAAACCUGGUGUAGUGGUGAGUUUAACAUCUUGGGUCGGAACAUGCAUGAAAACAAUGUGUGAUAUAUGUUAUUGUUAAAUAGAGUUUUCAGACUCGGCGGUGAUAAAAGAACCUGUCACUGGAGAAUAUAUUUUUUUCGUUCUACUUUCCUGAUUUUUACGGUAGGUGGAUCUGUAAACCAAUUAAUAAAAAAACACCCGCCUAAAACGGAUUAAGUCGGUUCUAGUUACAAUAUAGUCGGUGGGUAUUAAGAACAAUCAAUGUCAUGACGGCCAAGAUCCUGAACAAUUACUUAAACAUUCUGUCGUGACGAGUUAUAGAGCCUUGUUCCACCACCUCAUCUUGGAGUAUUGUAUGUCUGUUUUAUAAGUACCGAUGGUCAUAGCGCUAAUAUUGGUUUGUCGAACAAGACCGUGGUAUCGGAUAACUACAAGUACGUUUACAUACACGCGCGUAGUUAAGACAGCUAAUCUCAGUAAACCCAUGUUUUCUAGUUUUCUAAUACAGUGAAACCGCAUUAAAGGGCAGCUAAUUUUCUGCGUAGUUCUAGAUUUUGUAAUUAUUCCCUAAUUAUUAAACAAAGACAAUGUCUAUUCAUGACCCUCCCUGAAGUGACAAGAUGCAAAAGCACUUUUAUUAAAACAUUUAACAAUUAUUUUUGUAUGACCCUCCACUGGAGACUUAUAUUUCUGGGUGACCCUCACGUGAUUCCCUCUGACACAACAGCCCAUUUUACAAAUGACCGGUCCCUUAUGCGUUAUAACGAGGUUUUACUGUUAGUCGCAGAUUGUUCGCAUACUCUGUGUUUUGAAAAGACAGGCUUGUUGACUGAUGUCUUCUUCAGCUUUACUCUCCAUGUUCUGCCUGUAUAAUUGUGGUAUUUAUGUGACCCGCCAUUACAAUGCAAAUAAAACAAUGCAAGUCUCACACGAGCCCUUAUACCGGACAUAUUUUUACUGAAAGUAAUUUGAAACUUGAAAUGUACACAUGUAGCCUCAAAGGCACGUUGUUUGAAGACGGUAGUGUAAUUUUUUAAUUAAGUGCUAAUUUUCUCAAUAAAAUUUGCAACUAUA